AUGUCCGCACUCGAGCAUAGCGGUCACUACCGCAUCCAUCCUGUCCAUGGCGAUCCGGGAUGCAUCACUGCGCAAGACGUCGGCCAAGCCUUGCACGUACAGCCGCCGAGUACGGACAAGAACCAGAUCUGGGAUAUCCGAAUGAUCGAACACGAUCUCUACCAUAUCGUUCUCAAGGACAAGCCGGAUUUUGGUGCGUCUACGUUCCCUGGACCAGCCCCAUUCCAGGCAGUUCGACUGCUCGACCGUCUUAGCGCCUUCCGCCUGUCCAACGCCGGCGGUCCGGACAUGCUCCACAUUGCUCCGGCCGAAACCGACGAGCUGACCGUGGCGAUGUCAGGCGGAAAGGACGUUGUCUUGACGCCGACCGAUCACCACGGACCGUUCGCUUGGCGCUUUGUUCGAGCCUGA